AGGACCUGAACGCUGGGCCUGACCCCUGGUGAUGCCCAGAGGCUGGGGGGGCAUCUAGUAGGUACCUAUUGUGUGCCAGGCAGGAUGAGAGGCUGGAAAUGCAAGGGAGGCAACCUUUCCCUACCCCAGGUGGGCGGGGAGAGCGGGGAGGCCCCGCCCAGCCCAGCCGGAAGACCUAGCCACUCUAGUCCAGCCUCUUCCUCUCCGAGGCCCGUGACUUCCGGUGGCGCUUCCGGCAGAUACCAUGGCGGCUGCGGCCGGCGUCGGGGCGGCGCGGCGGCGCGUGGCGUGUGCCGUGUCCGGGGGCGUGGAUAGCGCCGUGGCCGCGCUCCUGCUACGCCGCCGAGGCUACGACGUCACUGGCGUGUUCAUGAGGAACUGGGACGCGCUGGACGAAGUCAGCGGGAGCGGGUGUUCUGCAGACAGAGACUGUGAGGACGCGGCCCGGGUGUGUCGACUGCUGGACAUCCCGUUCCGCCAGGUGACCUUCGUCAAGGAGUACUGGCACCACGUGUUCACGGACUUCCUGAGCGAGUACGAGAAAGGCCGGACCCCGAACCCCGACAUCCUGUGCAACAAACACAUCAAGUUCAAGGCCUUCUUCCACUAUGCACUGGACUGCCUGGGAGCGGACGCCAUGGCCACCGGCCACUACGCUAGGACGUCCCUGGAGGACGAGGAAGUGUUUGCGCAGGAGGAGGAGCCCAGGCCCAGGGGGCUCUUCAGGAACCGCUUUGAAGUGAGGAACACUGUGAAGCUCCUCCAGGGCGCAGACCUCUGGAAGGACCAGACCUUCUUCCUGAGCCAGGCCCCCCAGGAGGCCCUGCGCAGAACUCUCUUCCCCCUCGGAGGGCUCACCAAGGCCUUUGUGAAGAAGAUCGCGGCUGAGAACGGCCUCCAUCACGUGCUGCAGAGGAAAGAGAGCAUGGGGAUCUGCUUCAUAGGGAAAAGAUGCCUGGAAAGUUUCCUGCUCCAGUAUCUGCAGCCCCGGCCGGGGAAUUUUGUCUCCAUAGAAGAUAACAAGGUUUUGGGGACUCACCAAGGUUGUUUCCUGUUCACGUUGGGCCAAGGAGCAAAAAUUGGGGGCCUGAGAGAUCCCUGGUACGUGGUCGAGAAGGACCUGAGGAGCGGGGAUGUGUUUGUGGCCCCUGGCCCGGACCAUCCAGCCCUCUACCGGGACCUGCUGCGCACAGGCCGGGUGCACUGGAUCGCCGAGGAGCCCCCAGCCCCACUGGUCCGGGACAAGAUGAUGGACUGUCAUUUCCGCUGGCGGCACCAGAUGGCGCUAGUGCCUUGUGUGUUGACGCUCAAUCAGGACGGCACGGUGUGGGUGACGGCGGUGAAGCCAAUGAAAGCCCUCGCCACAGGCCAGUUUGCCGUGUUCUAUAAGGGGGACGAAUGUCUCGGCAGCGGAAAGAUCCUAAGGCUGGGGCCGUCUGCCUACACGUUGCAGCUGGGAAAGUCCAGAAUGACCAGAGAGGCCUCGGACAGCCACCAGGGCCUUGGCCCCAGCUUGGGCUCUGAUAGCUGAAGAUCUAAGAGUGGGUGAGCCAGCUAGGACCAUGCCAGGCUGGACACCAGGCCCGACCCAAGGCCCUUCUGUUGUCAUGGUGAUAGCAGGGACCUCCUGAGGCCUCCUUGGAGUGGGAGGGAGUCUUGGGCAGCUCCUAGCAGGGAAGAAUGGCUUUGGGGGACACCAAGGACUGGGCCCACAUCCAGCCACCCCGACUGCCCUGCUCUUUUCCCAGAUUGUUCAGUCCUGGCAUUUGUGUGAAGGUCCCUUUGUGCCCAGCCUCACUCCACAUGACAUGAGCCAUGGAAGCCGAUGCGCGACCAGAAGGGUUUUCUGCCCGUCCCUGCUGGGCUGCUGGAGAAUGAAUAACGGCCAGGCCUGUAGGGGCCUGACUCCCAGCCUUUCCUUUCCCACCCCUCCCUCUGUGUGCUUCAGAUGAGAGGCUUUGGGGCCCAGCUAGGCCCUGGCCGUGUCUGGACACUUGGGCCGAGCUCUAGGAGCAGGGCUGUGGGCAGGUGCUCGGGGAGGCCGCUGGAGGGCUGGGAGUCAGAUACCAGCCCAGCUCAUUCUUGUGCGUCCAGGGAGAGCUCCCCAACUUUCCCCUCUGCCACCGAAGCAGACCAGAGAAACCCCCUUGUGUUUCAGGUGUCUCCCAAGGCAGUGGCCUGGAACAUGGGCAGGGAGGCAGGCUGGUCCACCCUUCAGAAAUAAUAAAGGAAAUGGACUUGG